UGAAACCGGGCCGCGGACAGGAGCAGGGAGCCCCGCGAGGGGCAGGGGCGAAGGCCGUUCCGCGGCCCCUGCAAUCCAGCUAUCCUCGGCCCGGUCGCCUCCAGCGCUACCUGUGCAGCGGGGAGUUCGACCAGCUUUGUGACUUCCCCAUCUUCGAGAGCAACUUUGUCCAGGUCACUCGGUUUGGAGAGGUGGCCAACAAGGUGACCAUGGGCGUGGCAGCCACCAGCCCGGCCCUGGAGCUGCCCGACAUCCUGCUGCUGGCCGGGCCUGCCCCAGGGAAGGGGGGCCUACAACUGUUUGAGCUGAUCCCUCUCCAGUUUGCGGAGCUCUACAUCCAUGACGAGAAGCGGCAGCAGCUGAAGGUGAAGCUGUGGUCGGGCCGGACCUUCUACCUGCAGCUCAGGGCUCCGGCCUCGGAAGACCAGGAGUUCGGCCGCUGGGUGCGGCUGCUCUACCGCCUGCGCUUUGACUCAGGCACCAGGGUGCCCUUCACCCAGGCCAGCAGCUCCAAGGAGGAGGAGGAGGAGGAGAGGGCCGAGACGGCAGAGGAGAGGGUGAGGCUCGGGCCUGGGCUGCAGGGCUCCCGAGCCCCCGCAGCCGCUCACCCCGGCUCCUGUGUCUCCUAGUGAAGACCGAAACCCCCUCCGUUCUGCAGAUGGAAUGCUGCCGCCGCCGCCGCCGCCGCCAUCGUCACUGCCGCCUGCCCCCCGGAGCUGGAGACCCCAGGCGCGAGCCUCCGCCCCCAGCUCCCCAAGCUGCAGGCCUUGCAGGCUCAUCUCCACCCCCAGCAGGGCCAGGACCCAGCCCCCUCCCUCUCUCCCUCCCCUGGACACUGAGGGGCCAGAGAGAGACCUCUGUGCCCCGGAGAGGGGCACGCAGAAUACCAAGGCUAAUAAAGAUUCCCUAUGUAAGAAGCCGGAGCUGGCCACAUUUAGCAGCUGU